AUGUCUGCCCACACGCAGAACCUCCAAUUUUCUCGAGAAGAUGUCGAGUUUGAAAUCCCCUCUGAUCUCCCUGAGAAGCUGGGAGAAGAACUUCGAAGACUGGAACAGCUGUUUACCGUGGAUACAACCGUGCUGAAGAAGAUCACGGAUAGGUUCGGUGAAGAACUUGAUGAAGGACUUCGAAAGCACGGGUCGAAUGUGCCAAUGAAUAUAACCUGGGUUACGUCCUUCCCAACAGGGCACGAAACCGGCACCUAUCUGACACUCGACCUCGGCGGAACUAAUCUCCGUGUAUGUCUGAUCACGCUCUCUGGCAGACAAGGAGGGACCGACAUCACACAGGAGAAAUAUCAAUUACCGAAAGAGAUCAAGACCGGAACAGCAGAUGAACUAUUCGAGUACCUUGCCGAUCGCCUUGCGGAUUUCGUGGAAAAGCACGUCAAAGCCGACGAUACGGUCGGGGACGAUGGGAAAGUACCCCUGGGGUUCACAUUCAGCUACCCUGCUACCCAGGAGCGAAUUGAUCACGGGAUCUUGCAGACCUGGACGAAGGGGUGGGACGUCAAGGGAGUGGAAGGCAAUGAUGUUGCUGAGAUGUUAAGAGGGGCUAUUGAGAAACGCGACCUUCCCGUCAAGCUCGUCGCCCUUAUCAACGACACGACCGGCGCGCUCAUCGCCUCCGCCUACAACGACCCGAAGACAAUCAUCGGUGCGAUUUUUGGCACGGGCUGCAACGCGGCAUACAUGGAGCGGACAUACCACAUACCAAAACUGCAAAGGAAUGGCCCAUCCUCUAACGGCACCACAGCAACUGCAGAGACCAAGGACGCAGAAUCAGAUGACUCGUUCAUGGCAAUCAACUGCGAAUACGGUGCUUUUGACAACUCCCACGCCAUCCUGCCACGGACGCGGUACGACGAAUUGAUCGACGAACAGUCGCCACGGCCCGGAGAGCAGACGUUCGAGAAGAUGUCGGCAGGGCUCUACCUGGGCGAGAUCUUCCGCCAGAUCCUCAUCGACCUUCAUCAAAGAGGAGUCAUAUUCCAGGACGUAAAGCUUGACGACCAGCAGAAGGAAUUACUGAACACCCCCUACGCGAUCGACACGGAAUUCCUGUCUAACCUCGAGAACGACUCCUCACCUUCCCUCUCCUCCUCGGCCCGGGCUUUUGAAUCCACGCUUUCGAACCUGCAUCCUUCGCAAUCAGAACUACUCUUCUCGCAGGCCGUGGCCAAGCUCAUCGCCAUCCGCGGCGCCCGGCUCUGCGCGUGCGGCGUGUCCGCCAUCUGUCGCAGGAUCGGGACGCGCAAAGGUCACGUCGCUGCGGACGGGAGCGUGGCCAUUAAGCACCCACGGUUCAAGGAGCGGUGGGAGGACGCUGUUAGAGAGAUUCUCGACAUGAAGAUGGGCGCCAAAGCCGCUGGCGGAGGCGAGGGAGGGUUGGAAGGGAUCGAGUUGACGAGCGCAGAGGAUGGGAGCGGUGUGGGUGCCGCCGUUAUCACUGCCCUGACCCUGGGGAGGAGAGGGGGACAGUAA